AUGGCUCUUAGAGGUGCAUGCGUCAAGAUUCUACCUAGCGAGCAACUUAGCACUCCUUGCGAGAGCUCCUGUAUAGCUGCUCUGCAAAAACUUCGGACGUCUAUCUCGGGAGCAUGCACAAAGUCUUUAGACGUGAUGGUUCUAAACUCUGUCGCUUAUCCACCGACAUUUUUGGCUGAUCGCUAUCUGCACACCUCGAGUCUUUCAUGUCUCAAAGAUAACUAUACAGACACCUCUUACUGUGUAAAAGCAGUGGGCAGUAUCGCAUCUUACCCUGGAUAUAAAACCUCCACGUUAGUAACAACUUUUGCUUGCCCUGCAACCGCGACCGUCUUUGUUCCCAGUCCCGUGGCGACGGCUACUUUGAAUCCGACUACUUCUGGUACUACUAUCAACUACUAUCUCUACGAGAAUACCUUUGAUGCUACUUUAAGAUCAACAGAUCUGGCCGUAGCAAAUUCAUACGAUGACUGGGCGCAAUAUACUGAUGUUACUUUCCAAGAAUUGAUAGAGUGGAACCCGAGUCUGCAAUUGGGGUAUUACGUGCUGCAAUUUGGGAAUAGUUAUUAUAUCCAAAAGUGGUAG